AGCGCUCCCGGAGCAUCUCCAGAAGAGCGGCGGCAGCGCCUGCCCGACUCAUCAGGGGAGCGGCCCGAAACUGGGGAACCGGGGCCAGAGCCGGAGAAGGGCUUAAAUCCAGGAAGCAGAAAAAAUACCUAGAAAAAUACGAAUAAUAAUACUACUAAUAAAAAGUGGUGGGCAGGAAAAGGAGGUCGCGGGGGGAAAGUAGGUGGCAAGAAGAAGGCGCGGCCCCUCGCAAGGGCCCGGGCAAGGGGCAGGAGAGGCCCCUCGCCGGGGCUGCCAGCAGUGCCCCCGUGCCCCGGGGCGGCCGUCGGGGCGGCAGCAGCACGUGGUGACGGGGAGGCAUGGCCUGAGCCGCCCCCGCCGCCGGCACCAUGGCCACCGCCGGCGAUGCCGGCCUCGACGUGGCGGCCGUGGAAAGUUUCUUAGAGAGACACCCGGAGCUGGUGGAGAAGUGGCUGAAGAGGAAGAACUCGCUCCCUGGAGCGCCUACCCAACCCACUGCUCCCACUGCCGGCCCGUCGGAGGAUCGACGGAGCAGCGACGGCCCCGGCGGCGGCUGGGGUAGCGCGGGCGGCCCCGGCGGCCCCGGCCCCGGCGGCGGGGGACUGCAGCGCCGAGCGUCCCAGAAGGAGCUGCGGAAGAGCUUCGCCCGCUCCAAGGCCAUCCACGUCAACCUCACCUACGACGAGCAUGUGCACGGCCGGGCGCAGGAGCCGCUGAGCAGCGUGCGGCGGCGGGCGCUGCUGCGGAAGGCCAGCUCCUUGCCCCCCACCACCGCCCACAUCCUCAGCGCCCUGCUGGAGUCCCGCGUCAGCCUGCCCCAGUAUCCCCCCACCGCCCUGGACUACAAGCGCUACCUCAAGGAGCACAACGAGCGCCAGUUCUUCCUGGAGCUGGUCAAGGACAUCUCCAAUGACCUGGACCUCACCAGCCUCAGCUACAAGAUCCUCAUCUUCGUCUGCCUGAUGGUGGACGCGGACCGGGGCUCCCUCUUCCUUGUGGAAGGGGCCGCUGCCGGGAAGAAGAGCCUGGUCUCCAAGUUUUUCGACGUGCAUGCUGGCACCCCGUUGCUGCCCUGCGGCUCCACCGAGAACAGCAACGAGGUGCAGGUGCCCUGGGGUAAGGGCAUCAUCGGCUACGUGGCGGAGCACGGAGAGACAGUCAACAUUCCCGACGCCUACCAGGAUCGACGCUUUAAUGAUGAGAUUGACAAACUGACUGGAUACAAGACAAAGUCACUCUUGUGCAUGCCUAUAAGAAACAGUGAUGGAGAGAUUAUUGGUGUUGCCCAAGCAAUAAAUAAGAUUCCAGGAGGUGCCCCUUUUUCUGAUGAUGAUGAAAAAGUGAUGCAGAUGUACCUCCCAUUCUGUGGGAUUGCCAUAUCCAACGCCCAACUAUUUGCAGCUUCAAGGAAGGAAUAUGACAGAAGCAGAGCAUUACUGGAAGUAGUGAAUGACCUCUUUGAGGAACAGACUGACUUAGAGAAAAUUGUCAAGAAAAUUAUGCAUCGGGCCCAGACUCUUCUGAAGUGUGAACGGUGCUCAGUAUUACUUCUGGAAGAUAUCGAAUCACCUGUGGUGAAAUUUACAAAAUCCUUUGAGUUGUUAUCUCCAAAAUGCAGUGCUGAUACUGACACCAGUUUCAAAGACAGUGUGGAGAAAUCAUCUUAUUCUGACUGGCUAGUAAAUAAUAGCAUUGCUGAACUCGUCGCUUCCACAGGUCUCCCAGUGAAUAUCAGUGAUGCCUAUCAGGAUCCUCGCUUUGAUGCUGAAGCUGACCAAAUUUCUGGCUUUCACAUAAGAUCUGUUCUGUGUGUUCCUAUAUGGAACAGCACCCACCAAAUAAUUGGGGUAGCUCAAGUGUUGAACAGGCUUGAUGGGAAGUCCUUUGACGAUGCUGACCAGCGACUAUUUGAAGCUUUUGUUAUUUUUUGUGGCCUGGGUAUCAACAACACAAUUAUGUAUGACCAAGUGAAGAAAUCCUGGGCGAAACAGUCUGUGGCUCUUGACGUGUUGUCUUACCAUGCAACAUGUUCGAAGGCAGAAGUUGAUAAAUUUAAGGCAGCAAACAUCCCUCUGGUGUCAGAGCUUGGCAUUGACAAUAUCCAUUUUGAUGACUUCUCGCUUGAUGUGGAUACCAUGAUUACUGCAGCCCUGCGGAUGUUCAUGGAACUUGGAAUGGUUCAGAAAUUUAAAAUUGACUACGAGACGCUGUGUAGGUGGCUUUUGACGGUUAGGAAGAAUUAUCGGAUGGUUUUGUAUCACAACUGGAGGCAUGCUUUCAAUGUCUGCCAGCUGAUGUUUGCCAUGCUAACCACCGCAGGAUUUCAGGAGAUUCUAAGUGAAAUUGAAAUUUUAGCUUUGAUUGUGGGAUGCUUAUGUCACGACCUUGACCACAGGGGAACCAACAAUGCCUUCCAAGCCAAGAGUGGAUCAGCCUUAGCUCAGCUCUAUGGCACCUCUGCUACCUUGGAGCAUCACCAUUUCAAUCAUGCUGUCAUGAUUCUCCAAAGUGAGGGUCACAACAUCUUUGCUAACUUGUCCUCUAAGGACUACAGUGACCUUAUGCAACUUCUAAAACAAUCGAUAUUGGCAACAGACCUCACUCUGUAUUUUGAGAGAAGGACCGAGUUUUUUGAACUUGUCAGUAGAGGUGGUUAUGACUGGAAUAUAAAAAAACACCGAGAAAUAUUUCGAUCAAUGCUAAUGACAGCCUGUGACCUUGGAGCUGUGACCAAACCGUGGGAGAUUUCAAGACAGGCAACUGAGCUGGUAACCAGUGAGUUCUUUGAACAAGGAGACAGAGAAAGAUCUGAACUCAAACUCACCCCUUCAGCCAUUUUUGAUCGGAACAGGAAACAUGAACUACCCAGAUUGCAGCUCGAGUGGAUUGAUAGCAUCUGCAUGCCACUGUAUGAGUGUCUAGUGAAGCUGAAUGUGAAACUGAAGCCUAUGCUGGACUCCGUGGCAGUAAAUAGAGGUAAAUGGGAGGAGAUGCACCAAAAAAGACUUCCUUCUCAGGCGACAUCCUCAUCCUCCUUUUCCUCUACCUUUACAAUGUCUCUCAAAGACAUAAAUUAAGCCUGCAGAUAUCAGUGUCACUUUACAGCAAGAGCUUUCUGAAAGGUUUUCAUAAGCUUAGACCCAACAUUUUGUAAGAAAUGAUUUUGCAGACAUGCUUACUGAUUGGAUAUUAUUUUGAUGGCAGCAUAGUUUGCUUUUACUGGGAGGCUUAGUGGUACUGAAAGGAAGGCCUGCAGUGAGAUUGCGCUGGAGAUCCGGAGAGACACGGAAGACUUAACAUAAGAAGCAUUCAUUCAGCUCCACUACAUUUCAGCUGCUGCUGUAAAAAUCCGUAAAGCUGACAACAGACUGAAAUAUAAGAACUCACAGCUUAAUAAAAUUAAUAAUACAGAGCAGAACUGGGAUGCAAGAUGGCCAAUUCAUAUGCAAGGAGCUGCAGAAAACAGAAUAGUAUGUAAUUACAUUGUUGUUUUGCAUCUCUUCAGUACAUGUUAUGAAUCAAUUAUGCCUGCUUUUGUGAUGUUCCUUUCCUACUCUCCCUUCUCUUUUAAGCCUGAACAUUCUGAAAAGCCUGCUUUGUAUUCUAAAGAAGUAUUUUUUUACAACAGAGCUUCUUAGUGAUUGAUCAGGGCUUUUAGAAUUGCCUACCUUUGCUACAUUUAAAAAAAACUUUAUUAUCUUUAAAAGCACCAAGCUGUCCCUUCUUCCCUGAGAAAUUCAUAUUAACAGAGCAGCAAAUUUCUCAGCGAGGGGAAGUUUGCACAAGGGUAAAACACUGCAUGGUAAUUUUAGAGUGUUCUUUUUUCUUUUAAAAAAAUGCUCUUUUAACACAUUAAUUUUUUUUUUUAAAUACAGUGUCCCUCAAGGAAAAGAUUAAUGGGCUUUUAUGAAAAUAGAGUACAAAUAAAAAAGGAAAUCUGUUGC